GUGUGGUUAUGUAAAACGUCAAGUUUAUUAUUUUUGUUGAAUUUUUUUCAAGAAAAUGAACGCGUUAGGUUUAAGUAUGAUAGUGAAAAUGGGCUGCAUCUGCACGAGCGAAACGGUGAACAUAAACGGGUCAAAGUACCGCGUGAAAGAACGUUUGGGCGAAGGAGGUUUCUCGCAAGUAGAUUUGGUUGAAAACACGUCGACGAAAAAGAAAUACGCGCUAAAACGUAUUUUGUGUCACAGCGUUGAGGACCAAAAGAAAGCAAUACAGGAAAUUAAUUAUUACAAGAAGCUGCGCCAUCCCAAUAUUAUCGAGCUUGUUGACUCGACGUUUAAAGGUUCUGCCGAUAUUGUUGUACAAGCGACCUCGGAAGCGUUCUUACUGUUGCCUUACUACAGAAGGGGUACUUUGCAUGAUUAUUUAUCACUCAGAUCUUUCAGUAAAAACUACCUAGACCCCAAAGAUAUAUUAAGAAUAUUUUAUGAUGUGUGUCAUGCUUUGAAAUACCUCCAUGACUUUACACCUGAUCCUAUAGCACACAGGGAUUUGAAAACUGGAAAUAUUUGCCUUACUGACAACACAGAUCCAGUUUUAAUGGACUUAGGUUCAUGUGCACCCGCAACGGUACAAAUUUGCGGCGUUCAAGACGCCCAAAAGCUUCAAGAUAUUGCGGCCGAAACAUGUUCAAUGACGUACAGGGCGCCGGAACUUUUUCACGUCGAAAGUUACUGUGUUAUUGACCAAAGGACUGAUAUUUGGAGUCUGGGUUGCGUUUUGUACGCGAUGUUGUACUUCAAAUCGCCUUACGAUGUUGUUUACGAACGGGGCGAUUCGGUAAAUCUUGCUGUUAUAUCGGGAACGAUACAUUUUCCAGAGGAAACCCCAUUUAACGAUGAUCUCCAUGAACUCGUUAAAUUUAUGUUGAAAGUGAAUCCGUCCGAAAGACCGUACAUCGAUAAAGUGAUCGAGAGGACGCAAGCCUUGAAAAACAAAUACGACGCUGUUGUUUAGAUUUUAAGCAUCAAAUAUUGUAAUUUUUUAUAUGUAUGUGCAUUUAUAUAUUUAUUAUCACUAA